AUGACUUUUUCUUUUUCCCCUUUUCUUUUUCUUUUCCUUCUUCUAUACAUUCUUUCUUUCUUUCUUUCUUCUUCUUCUUCUUCUUCUUCUUCUUCUAUUCUCUCUACUUCUUCCUUUUUCUUUUCUUAUUACUUCUCUGUUCUCUUUUUUUUUUCUAGCAUGAAAUUCUCUUUUUAUUAUUUUCUCCUUUUCUUUGUCCUUUCUUUCUCCUCCGCAUCCUUCCUUUUCUUCUUCUUCUUCUUCUUCUUCUUCUUCUUCUUCUUCUUCUUUUCUCUUCCAUUUUUUCUUUUCGUACAUGACCUUCUCUUUUUAUUUUUUCCCCUUUACUUUUUCCUUUCCAUCUUCUAUGCAUCCUUUUCUUCUUUUCUCUCUGCUUCUCUUUUUUCUUUUCUUGCUUGUCUUUUUCCUUUUCUUUUUUCUUUUUCCUUUCUUCCAUUUUUCCUUUACUUAUUUUCUUUUUCUUCUCUUCGCUUUCCCUUUUGUCUUUUACUUUUCACGCUUCUAUCGCCUUCUCUUCUUCAUCUUUUCUUUUUCCCUUUUUCUUUUCCUGUUUCUUUUUCUUUCUCUUCUCCUCCUCACCUCUUCUCUACAUCUUUCAUUUACUCUUCUUUCUUUUCCUCUUUCUUCUUCGUAAAGCUUUCAAUCUCCUUAUUUUCGCGCUCUUCUUCCUCCCCCACCCGACCUCCCAUUAUCUCCAGUCACAUUCCCCCACUUCUCUUUAUCUGCUAUAAUUUUCUCCUCCUCUUGCAUUUCUUCAUUUUCUUCUUCUCCCUGCUUCUCUUCAUUCAUUUUUAUGUUUGUCACCGUCCUCCUCGUUAUAUUUUUUUUCUUUUUCCCUCUCUUCUUUGCCAUCCGUCGUCUUCACACCUAUUUUCAUUUACUCUCUCUCUCUCUCUCUCUCUCUCUCUCUUCAUAUUCAAUGUCUCCAUCAUCCUUUUUGGCGAGGAUCAGUCAUGUCUCGUCUUCGGGAAAGGUUUUUUUUUUCUUUCUUUCUUUUUCCCCCCUUCUUUGUCGCUUCUCCUUUUUCGCUUUCUUUCUUUCUGUUUCUUUCUUUUGUCCUUAUUGCUUUCUCUUUCAUUUCCUUCCUAUUUCUUUCUUUUCUCCAUUCCCUAUUACAUUUUUCUUGCCUUCUACUUUUCUCUCCAUUUUCCAUCCCUAUCGCUUUCUAUUCUUUUCCUUCUCUUUCCCAUACUUUUCACCGUUCCCUAUCACUUUUCUUUCUUUCUUUCUUUCUUUCUUUCUUUCUUUCUUUCUUUAUCGCUUUUUCUUCUGUUCUUUUCUUUCUUCUUUUUCCUAAUGAUUUCUAUUAUGUCCUUUCUCUUUUCCUUUCUUUUCUGCAUUCCCUCUUUCUCUUCUUUAUUCCAAAUAUUAAAUCUUGGAAUGAAAUAA